AUGAACAUACCAUCGGAAAAUUUAUAGAGGCUUUAUCAGUCUGGAGAGGCUUCAUCAAAACAUACAGUAGCUUGGAAGCUAUGGAGGGUCUAGAGGGAACUCUGGCCGAGCUAAGAGACACAUUUAAAAGUGGAAGAACUAGAAGUGUUGCAUGGAGGAAAAGCCAACUUAGAGCCAUGAUUGAGUUUGUCCAAGAUAAUGAAGAGGAAAUGUUCAAGGUACUUGAUCAAGAUUUGGGAAAGCACCCCGUCGAAGCUUACAGGGAUGAGGUUGGAGUAGUAGCAAAAUCAGCCAAGCUUUCUUUGAGCUGUGUGGAGAAAUGGAUGGCUCCUAAAAAGGGCAAUUUACCCCUGGCUUUCUUCCCUGCAAGUGCAGAAGUGAUGCCCGAACCAUUUGGUGUCGUCCUCAUAAUGGGAUCUUGGAACUUCCCUAUCUCAUUGGCAUUGGAUCCAUUAAUAGGAGCAAUAUCUGCAGGAAACGUUGUGGUUUUAAAACCUUCUGAGCUAUCACCAGCAUGUUCUUCUUUUCUUGCUGAGACCAUCCCUAAAUACCUGGAUCCCAAAUCCAUUAAGGUCAUUGAGGGUGGAAUAGAUGUUUGCGAACAACUUCUACAGCAGAAUUGGGACAAGAUAUUCUUCACUGGUAGUCAGCGUGUGGGACGCAUCGUAAUGACUGCGGCUGCACAGCAUUUAACACCAGUUACACUUGAGCUGGGAGGAAAAAGUCCUGCCAUCUUGGACAGCAGCUCCAAUCCCACCAAUAUGAAGGUAAUAGCCAAAAGAAUAGUAGCAGCAAAAUGGGGGUCGUGCAGCGGGCAAGCAUGUAUUGCCAUUGACUAUAUGCUUGUAGAAGAGAAAUUCGCAUCUUAUCUGAUAGACUUGCUAGAGAAAACAAUCAAGCAAUUCUUUGGUGAAAAUCCAAGAGAAUCAAAGAGCUUAUGCAAAAUUCUAAACAAGAACAACUUCAAGAGGUUGCUUGACCUUCUUGAAGACCCUCUUAUUAGAGCUUCUGUUGUUUACGGUGGUUCUGUAGAUGAAGAAACAAUGUACAUUGAGCCCACAAUCUUGCUAAAUCCUCCCCUCGAUUCUCAGAUCAUGACAGAAGAAAUCUUUGGCCCCUUGCUUCCAAUUAUCACACUGAAUAAUAUUCAUGAUAGCAUUGAGUUCAUAAGCUCCAGGCCAAAACCUCUUGCCAUUUAUGCCUUCACCAGGGAUGAAACAUUCAAGAAACAAAUUCUAUCAAAAACAUCCUCCGGAAGUGUGACUUUCAACGACACCCUGCUUCAAUUUGUAUGUGAUUCUCUACCAUUUGGAGGUGUUGGUCAAAGUGGCUUCGGAAGAUACCACGGGAAGUACUCUUUCGAUACUUUCAGUCAUGAAAAAGCAAUCUUGCAAAGACGUUUCUUCCCUGAGCUUGAGCCCAGGUAUCCACCAUGGAAUAACUUCAAGUUUCAAUUCAUCAAAUUGCUCUACGCCUUCAACUAUAUUGGAUUAUUAUUGCUGCUUCUGGGAUUGAAGAAGUAGCAAAUGAAACAAGCAUUCAAGUUUGGAGGAAGGCAGCACUUCUUUGAUGAACUUCAGUAUGUUUGCUUCACUUUAUUACAUAAAAACAAGAUUAGUAAUCCUGUAUUAGUAUCCUUCUAGCAAGCUUCUCAUCAAUUAUACCUCCUGUAUUAGGCUGAGGACCGCCAACUGUUACUGUUGCUUGGAGGUCUAAUUUUAUUUUAUCAAAUAAAGAUUUUAAAUCUAUCUUCUAUUCA